AUGACAGUCAUGAGGCAGGAGGAGGUCAAGAGGACAGAAAGGAGGCAGGACCCAAUAGCGAAGAGAUUGCUCUGCGUUCUGGCUGGCCACCUAUAUGCUGCCUUCCUGGUUUCCUGCCUUCUGGUUGAUCUCCGGAGUAAUGCUGCCAACGUGACUGACCCCCGGAGUGGUCCUGUCUACAUCGCUGUCCCCCAGAGCAGUCCUGUCUACAUCACUGGCCUCCAGAGUGGUCCUGACUACAUCGCCAUCCUCCAGAGCGGUCCUGACUACAUCGCCGUCCUCCAGAGUGCCAUCCUCCAGAGCGGUCCUGACUACAUCGCCGUCCUCCAGAGCAGUCCUGUCUACAUCGCUGUCCUCCAGAGCAGUCCUGACUACAUCGCCAUCCUCCAGAGCAGUCCUGUCUACAUCGCUGUCCUCCAGAGCGGUCCUGUCUAUGUCACUGGCCUCCAGAGCGUGUCAGGUGUGCAGUAUGGGCGGUUGGAGACUAACGUGACCCUGGUCUGUGGGACGUCCCCACUAAGGACACCAGUGGAGUGGCGUCUCAACCGCAGCUUGGUUCUGCCGUGGCACCGGCUGACUUCGGAUGGAGCCUUGGUUCUGCUGCACGUCGACCAGUCAGCGCAGGGCAACUACAGCUGCCAUGACAACGACGGGGUCCUCCUACACACCACCAGACUCGUGCUGGGCUAUCCCCCCGGGCUGUUGAGCGUUUCCUGUCGAGUGCCCAGUCACACGCUGGUCCGCUGCUCAUGGGUGGAGUCAGUGAAGACCUUCCUGCCUUCCCAGUACCACGCCUUCUACAGGGGGAUUCACCAGGAGUGGAUGCCAUGUGUCAUAGGCCCCGCCCUCCGCAGCUGUGACAUCACAUCCCCCUCUUUCUGGCAGGCCUACCAUUUACUGAAUAUUACUGCGGCCAACCCCCUGGGGUCCACACCAACCGUUAAACAGAUACGACUACAUGAGCUAUUGAAACCAGACCCCCCGGAGUCGGUGUCGAUAGAGGAGGUCGAGGGAUCUCCUACCAGGCUGGUUGUGAAUUGGAACAACCCGUCCUCCUGGCCGAUACAGUUAGCCUUUCCUCUGAAAUAUGAGGUCAGAUACCGGCCUCUGGGCUCCGGACAUUGGUCACAGCUUGAGACCUCAGAGAACUCGGUUUUGAUAGUGGACGCCUUGGCAGGAUACCUCCACCAGGUGCAGGUCCGAGCCCAGGACGGGGUAAAUUCCGACAGCAAGUGGAGUGACUGGACCCCCUUGCUCCUGGCGAUGCCCUGGAGAGAUAAGUGCGGCGGCGGCGGCGGCGGCGGCGGGGCUAAACGAAGCGGAUCGGGAGGCCUGGCCCAAAUAUCUGCUGCGUUGGUGCGGACGGGCAACAAUGGCUCCUUGUGUUUACAGCCCAGUCGCCAUGGUAACCACGCUUGA